AUGGAAGAACAGCAGCCGGAACCUAAAAGUCAGCGCGACUCGGGCCUCGGCGCGGCGGCGGUGGCGGCGGCCACGGGCAGCCUGAGCCUGAGCCUGAGCCCCGGCGCCAGCGGCAGCAGCGGCAGCGAUGGAGACAGCGUGCCCGUGUCCCCGCAGCCCGCGCCCCCCUCGCCGCCCGCGGCGCCCUGCCUGCCGCCCCUGGCCCACCACCCCCCCCCCCCCCCCCCCCCCCCCCCGCCCCCGCCGCCGCCGCCGCCGCAGCAUCUCGCGGCGCCUGCUCACCAGCCGCAGCCCGCGGCCCAGCUGCACCGCACCACCAACUUUUUCAUCGACAACAUCCUGAGGCCGGACUUCGGCUGCAAAAAGGAGCAGCCGCCGCCGCAGCUCCUGGUGGCGGCGGCGGCCGGAGGAGGCGCAGGAGGAGGCCGGGUCGAGCGUGACAGAGGCCAGACCGGCGCAGGUAGAGACCCUGUCCACCCGCUGGGCACGCGGGCGCCGGGCGCCGCCUCGCUCCUAUGCGCCCCGGACGUGAACUGUGGCCCACCCGACGGCUCUCCGCCAGCCGCCGGCGGCGGCGCGGGUGCGUCUAAAGCCGGGAACCCGGCGGCGGCGGCGGCGGCCGCGGCGGCCGUGGCGGCGGCGGCGGCGGCGGCGGCGGCGGCGGCGGCCAAGCCUUCGGACAGCGGCGGCGGCAGUGGAGGCGGCGUGGGGAGCCCUAGUGCGCAGGGUGCCAAGUACCCGGAGCAUGGCAACCCCGCCAUCCUGCUUAUGGGCUCAGCCAACGGCGGGCCCGUGGUCAAAACUGACUCGCAGCAGCCCCUCGUAUGGCCCGCCUGGGUGUACUGCACGCGCUACUCGGAUCGCCCGUCCUCUGGUCCGCGCACCAGGAAGCUGAAGAAGAAGAAGAGCGAGAAGGAGGACAAGCGGCCGCGGACGGCGUUCACGGCCGAGCAGCUGCAGAGACUCAAGGCGGAGUUCCAGGCGAACCGCUACAUCACGGAGCAGCGGCGGCAGACCCUGGCCCAGGAGCUCAGCCUCAACGAGUCCCAGAUCAAGAUCUGGUUCCAGAACAAGCGCGCCAAGAUCAAGAAAGCCACGGGCAUCAAGAACGGCCUGGCGCUGCACCUCAUGGCGCAGGGACUGUACAACCACUCCACCACCACGGUCCAGGACAAAGACGAGAGCGAGUAG